AUAUAUAUAAAUACUACUUUCAAACGACCAAUCACUCAUAACAUAACAAUGGAGAUCCAACUACCAUAUUAUUCCUUUCCAAUCCUUUUCUCCUUAUUCAUCUUUCUCUUCAUGUUAAUAAAAAUAAUCACAAAAACCACUUCAUCAUCAUCCAAACUCCCACCAGGACCAUGGAAACUACCACUAUUAGGAAACAUACACCAACUUUUUGGGUCACUAAUCCACCAAAAACUAAGACACUUAGCCACCCAACAUGGACCAUUGAUGCACCUCAAAAUAGGCCAAGUUCCAACCCUAAUAGUCUCAUCACCAGAAUAUGCCAAACAAGUGAUGAGAACCCAUGACAUAGUCUUCUCAUCAAGACCAAUGGUUCUCUUCUCCAAAAUCAUGUUGUAUGAUUGUACUGAUCUAGUCUUUGCUCCUUAUGGUGAGUAUUGGAGACAACUAAGAAAAAUCUUCAUGCAAGAGCUUCUAAGCACAUCUAGGGUUCAAGCUUUCAAACCCAUUAGAGAACAAGAGGUUUCAAACUUGAUUCAAUGGAUUGGAUCAAAUGUUGGGAAAGAAAUCAAUCUCACUGAAAGAAUCAAUAUUUUGAUUUAUGGGAUUGUUUCUAGGGCAGCUUGUAGUAAAACAAGUCUCAACAAUGAAGAAAUUGUUUCACUUGUUGCUGAAGGUGUGGAGGUCUCAUUAGGGUUUGAGCUUGCUGAUUUGUUUCCUUCUGUUGAGUUUUUCUCAAGAAUAAGUCAAACUAGGCAUAAGUUAUUGAAGCUUCAACAAAGAUCUGCUAAGAUAUUUGAUAAAAUUAUUAAGGAACAUCAAGAGAAGAAAGCUAGUGGAAAUGGUGAUGAUGAUGAUCAAGGAGAUUUGUUGGAUGUUCUUUUGAAUUUUCAUAAUAAUAAUGGUGGUGAUCAUGAAGGAUUUUCCUUGACCAAUGAGAAUCUUAAAGCUAUUAUUUGGGACAUAUUCGCUGCUGGAAUUGACACAUCAUCAACAGUAAUAGAUUGGGCAAUGGCAGAAAUGAUGAAAAAUCCAAAUAUAUUGAAAAAGGCACAAGAAGAGGUUAGAGAAGUGUUUAACAAAGCUGGUUCAACUGAUGAAAAAGGUAUUAAUGACAUGAAAUAUCUAAAAAUAGUUGUGAAAGAGACCAUGAGAUUACAUCCACCUCUACCUUUGUUAAUUCCAAGAGAAAGUCAAGAAAAAUGCGAAAUAAAUGGUUAUGUGAUACCUGCGAAAACUAGGACUUUAGUUAAUGUAUGGGCGAUUGGAAGAGACCCAAAUUAUUGGAGUGAAGCCGAGAGUUUUAUACCCGAAAGGUUUGUCGAUAGCUCUAUUGAUAUUAUCGAUUCUAAUUAUAAGGGUAAUGAUUUCGAGUAUAUUCCAUUUGGCGCUGGAAGGAGAAUGUGUGCAGGUAUGGCGUUUGGUCUCAUAAAUGUUGAGUAUCCACUUGCAUUGUUGCUUUACCAUUUUGAUUGGAAAUUGCCUAAUAAUGGAAUAAGACAUGAAGAUUUGGAUAUGAGUGAAUCUUUUGGUACUACACUCAAAAGAAUGAAGCCUUUAAGCUUGGUUCCUAUUGCUUAUGUUCCUUAAUAUCAUCAUCUAUAGAUGGGAAAAUGAUAACAAUAAUUGUUGCAAUGAAAUAAUGUAGUAUGUUAAUUUAUCUUUUGUUGUUAAUUAAUUUAUGUUGUUGAAGAUGUUGUGUUAUAAGAAAUUAUAAAGAAAUUAUUGUGCAUGUUUUGAUUUCUUAAUAA